AUGAGCACCCCAAUCAUCAUCACCGUGCCCAACAACUACUUGGCGAUUGAAGAGAUGGAUUCACCGGUGAUGGUUGACGUUGCGUCACCAUCACCAUCAAGGAAAAGAAGACUUGACCAUCUUACAUGGGAAGAGAAAAUGCAGCGGAAGAAAUUAAAAAACCGAGUGGCUGCACAGACUUCUCGUGACCGGAAGAAAGCAAAAAUGGAUGAAAUGGAGAAUCGCAUAAAACAUUUUAUGGAUGUUAAUGAAAAGCUUAUUAGUGAAGUUCAGAGUUUGAAGGCAUUGAAUGAGCGUUUGUUGAGCGAGAAUGCACAACUGCGCAGUGAGGCGGCGGCUCGCACCGUCGCGGGAACCCCGGGACCAGCAGCGUCUCAGCCUCAGCAGAAGGACGGGUUCCCGCCGGCGAUGCGAGCGGCGCGCCUACUGCUGGCGAUGUGCCUCUUGCAGACAUCCUCGCACACCUCGACUCUGACGAGUACCUCGACACCCUCCAUCAACUUGCAAACUCCCUCCUCGAAGAGAUUGAUGCAAGUGCUGCAGGAGCGGCUCAAGAUGUCACAAACAGGGAAGCUAGAGAGUGCAUUGAAAGAGCUGCAGAGGGAGAAGUGGUGGGGCCCACAGCAAAGCAACUGGAAUCCAGUAAAGGUGGAUGCA